CCUUAACAAUGAUACACUGCUCUCUAUUGGUCAUGUCCAGAAACAUCCAUUUAUUCUACCUUGAUCCGGAACGAUCAGGGUGAUAUUUUGUUUCCCUCCGGACACGUUUGAAUGUAUCACGGUGUAGAUAUAAAAUAACUGGACUUUUAGAGCCAUGAAUCGUUGCAUAUCAAGCUUCUUUCGAGUAAAUGGAAGGAUAUGCUUCACAAACCAAUCAUGGACCAGAAGACUGUCAUGGACCAUAGGAAAUAACUGCUUUGUGUAUCAAUGCACUCAUUUCAGCUCAGCCAUGCCACUGAAAUACCAGGGACACAGUCUGCAGCCCAUCUGCACACAUCUGGCAGGCUUACACCGGUGCAUGAGCUCAAGUGUACGCAGAAAAAGUUUGCCAUGUGCCUUUCCAGUAGUAGAUGGUGCAUUUCAGCUUAUUCACAGACAUGUAUUUGAAGCAAAUUUACAGAACAGCCAGGCAUGUCAGCAAAGGUAUUUAGAGCUUAAGGAGAAAGUGUUAAAGGCAGGUGGAGAAAACGCCAUUGCCCGACAUACACAAAGAAACAAGAAGGUUCUUGUCAGAGACAGGCUGCACAUGCUGCUGGAUGAUGAUGAUUUCCUAGAACUAUCUCCCUUUGCUGGACUGGGUUUACCCUAUGGGGACAUCCCAUCUGCUGGCUGUCUCACAGGUAUUGGUAAAAUAAAUGGGCUGUGGUGUGUGUUUAACGCUAAUGAUGCCACGGUGAAAGGAGGUACAGCUUACCCUAUUACAGUAAAGAAACAGCUUCGGGCCCAGGAAGUGGCCAUACAGAAUCGGCUCCCCUGUGUGUACUUGGUUGACAGUGGGGGUGCAUUUUUACCUCUUCAGUCAGAUAUAUUUCCUGAUAAGAAUCAAGGUGGACGUGCUUUUUACAACGAAGCUAUAAUGUCAGCAAUGAAGAUUCCACAGGUGGCAGUGGUCUGUGGGUCAUGCACUGCUGGUGGUGCCUACAUCCCCACUAUGGCAGAGGAAGCGAUCAUUGUGCACAGGAUAGGUACCAUAUUUUUAGGUGGCCCUCCGCUUGUUAAAGCUGCUACAGGUGAAGAAGUGACUCCUGAGGAUCUUGGAGGGGCAAAGUUACACUCAGAGGUGAGUGGCUGCGUGGAUUAUUUUGCUGCUAUGGAGAGUGAGGCAUAUGAGUGUGCCAGGAACAUCAUCUCCACUCUAAACUUCAAGCUCCCAGUGGAGGACAGUACUGAGAUUGAGCAGCCCCUGUAUAAUCCUGAGGACCUUAUGGGCCUCGCACCAAGAAGCUACAAUUUCAGCAUGGAUGUUAAACUGAUUGUGAGUCGGCUGACUGAUGGCAGUCGUUUUCAGGAGUUUAAGUCUCGCUACGGUACCACUCUAGUGACUGGAUUUGCCAAAAUUGAAGGGCAUUUGGUUGGCAUUGUCGCCAAUAAUGGCAAGCUAACAUAUGAAGCCUGUCUGAAAGGAAGCCAUUUUGUUCAGCUCUGUAAUCAGAGAGACAUCCCUCUCAUCUUCCUCCAGAACACAGCCCCAGAGCCUUUGUACACUCUCUCCCAAGACAAGGCGGAGUCCAACACGAAGAUACUCAAAGCUCAUGGAUCCAUGAUGUCUGCUGUGGCCUGUGCAUCUAUUCCUAAGAUCACAGUUGUCAUCGGAGGCUGCCAUGGUGGUGACAGCUAUGUCAUGUGUGGACGGGCUUUUGACCCGAACUUCCUGUUUCUCUGGCCCAAUGCUCGAGUGUCAAUUUUAGCUCCAGGCCACGCUGAUGGUUUGGUGCAGGAUGAAGAGGAGGCCAUGCACAUUAAUAAGCAGCUGAAAGAAGAGAGCUCUGCAUUCUUCUCAUCAGGCAGACUAUGGGACGAUGGUGUGAUUCUUCCACAAGACACAAGGAAGGUGCUGGGGAAAUGUUUAACAAUCAUCAAGCAACAGGAGUACCAGUUGUCUAAAGGAAAGCCAAAAUCCAUCCCUCUUCGAAUGUAAUAUCUCUGGAACAAGUUCACUAAACAUGUUUAGGCUCCUUCACUGAUAAACCAGCAAGCCAGGAGCCAAGUUUCUGAUAGAUUUCUAAGUGAAAAUUAGAAAAUUAGUGCUCUUUUUAUUAGAAAGACUUUGCUGAUACAAAACAUCUUUGUUAUCUACGUUUUUAGUACCAGCAUUAUGAUACUAAUUAGACUAAUUUUGUACUUUAAUAUUCAGAGGAGAUCUAUCUAUCUAUCUAUCUAUCUAUCUAUCUAUCUAUCUAUCUAUAUAAAUAUAAUAUAUAUAUAUAUAUAUCUUUUAUAUUCAGAUACCUGACCUGCUCUGCCGCUGUAACAUACAAUUUCGGCUUUCAAGAAUCGUAUUUGAGCUAACAUGUAGAUAUGAGCACGUCUUGUGUUAAUCAUAAUGACAGUUUUCCUUAAUUUGAAGUUAUCUAUA